AUGGAAUCCUCAGCACCAGUACUGGCCUCGAGCUGGUACGAGCUAUUCACUGGCGAUUGGCUCAGUCAACCAAUACGGGCAGUGUUAGUCGGUGCCCUCGCGCUUCCUUUUGUUCUUUGGCCCCGGGACCAACCUCAAAAAUCGAACCCUCGACUAUUUGCCUUGUUUGUCUAUCUGCUUCACUUUGCUGCUGUCCCCUGGCUGUAUCUCGUAACGAAAUUGGUCCCUGAACCCUAUCUGGAUGAAAUCUUCCACAUACCCCAAGCGCAAAAGUACUGCCAGGGUCGGUUUUUGGAAUGGGAUGACAAGAUCACGACACCCCCAGGCCUUUACCUUGUCUCCCUGAUUACUCCUGGAGUCGUCCAACGGAAUGGGCAUCUUAACUAUGCCUGCAGUGUGCAGAAUUUGCGAGCCUUAAAUGUCUUUGCACUGGCGGUCCUGGCCUACUUGGCUUUGCAGUGCCGUCGUGAGAUCGAGGCACGACUUUACGAAGCUCACUUUUCUACCAGGCUGCGUAAUACCUCGCAGUAUGCACUCCAUACUGCCUUUAAUGUUGCCUUGUUUCCUCUUCUUUUCUUUUUCUCCGGUUUAUACUACACUGAUGUUGCUUCCACUGCAGCUGUUCUGGUCGCGUACCUGAAUCACUUGAAACGCAUCGGGCGCGAUCAAAGCUCGGUUCUAAGUGACCUUGUAACGAUUUCCCUUGGUGUUUUCACACUUUUCUUUCGCCAAACAAAUGUCUUCUGGGUGGUUGUGUUCAUGGGUGGCUUGGAAGCCGUUCAUGCUAUCAAGACUCUACGGCCAGAACGGGUUGACCAACCAGUCAUCCUGACACUUUCCGAGCAGCUAAAGCACUAUGCUUGGAGAUACUCUCUCGGAGAUAUUCACGACCCGCCGUUACAUGCAAUGUGGCCAGAUGACAUGCUCUUUUGCGUACUAAGUCUGGGUAUCGCGGCGCUGUGCAACCCACUCCGCGUCAUUCGGCAGAUAUGGCCUUACGUUUCCGCUCUUUUAUUGUUCGGAGCUUUUGUUGCUUGGAAUGGCGGUGUUGUGCUUGGAGACAAGUCUAACCAUGUGGCUACUAUUCAUCUUCCGCAGAUGCUCUACAUCUGGCCCUUCUUUGCCUUCUUCUCUCUACCGCUCCUCAUUCCAUACAUUCUCCCCUUGAUCAACGUCCUACGUCGCCUUGUUCACACAUCGUCGCCAGCGCUAGCUGCUAGGUCAGCCCCUGGAACGGAAACUUCGUCUUGGUUUGCCUGGUCUUCAUCCGGCAAUUCUAUGUCCAGAAAAACAAGAAGCAAGGUUUCUGGCUCUAAAGGUGGUGCGGAAGUUGAUACGCCGCGCAGCGAAUACCCGCAGCCAUCGAAGGAGUUGCAAUAUUUCGAAAUGAUUUUCGGCAGCAAAAUCUUCCUUUGGCCCCUUUAUCUUCUUGGGACUAUCAUUUUCUCGUUUGGCAUCGUCCGUUACAAUACUAUCAUUCACCCAUUUACUCUCGCCGAUAACCGCCAUUACAUGUUCUACGUCUUUCGAUACACCAUCCGACGAGCUUCUUGGAUUCGAUACGCCUUGGUCAUCCCCUACACUGUGGCUCGCUGGAUAACUUGGGGCACCAUGGCUGGGUGUUCGCAGUGGUUCAUGACUAUGCAUGGACCCGCGUGCUCUACCUAUUCUAGAGGAGACAGAAAGUCCCCCUUCUUAAGCCAUCCUGCCUUUACGAAUCGUGGUACCUCACCACACCAAACUGAUGCUGCAUCUCCUACCGAGUCCAAAGACCUGGAUGCAAGCCAGCAGCAGGAGCUAAGCCAAGCGUUGGAGAAGGACCCUCUGUUAGCCUCUAUUGAGCCAUCUACCACUUCGACGGGUCUUGUCUUCUUGCUUGCCACGACCUUGUCGCUCAUGACAGCUCCUUUGGUUGAGCCACGGUAUUUCAUCAUCCCCUGGGUGGUGUGGAGAUUACUUGUGCCUGCGUGGAAACUCCAUGACCACGAUUCUGAAGGCGUUGCUGCUACCCUGAAAGGACAUCCCAAGACCAAACCCUUGUUCUUGUUCUUUCAGCGCUAUGAUCUGCGCCUUAUACUUGAGACGUUUUGGUUUAUCGCGAUCAAUGCAGUAACGGGGUACAUUUUCCUCACUAAACCGUACGUGUGGAAAGCGGAGGAUGGCACUGUACUGGAUGGUGGUCGGCUCCAGCGGUUUAUGUGGUAG